AUGGUUGCAGUUAUCGGUUCCUCCUCCAAGUUGAGAAAGAAGAAAACCCUUAAGAAGGGUAUCCAAUUCACCUUGAUGAUAGUUGGCCAGUCAGGCACUGGUAGAUCUACUUUUAUCAACUCCUUGUGUGGCCAGCAAGUGGUCGACACCUCUACCACCAUUCCUGAUCCUUCGGAUUCUUCUUCUGAGAAAGAGUUGACUUUGCGUACCGAGAAUGUGGAAUUAGAAGACAACGAAGGUGUCAAAGUCUCUUUGUCCAUUAUUGACACUCCAGGCUUUGGUGAUUCAAUUGACAACGAAUCAAGUUUUUCGAUAAUAAUCGACUACAUCAGACACCAAUACGAUGAAAUUCUAUUGGAAGAAAGCAGAAUCAGAAGAAAUCCAAGAUUCAAAGAUGGUAGAGUUCACUGCUUAUUGUACUUUAUUGUGCCAACUGGUCAUGGCUUGAGAGAAAUUGAUGUUGAAAUCAUGAAAAGAUUAAGUGGUUUGGUCAAUGUCAUACCUGUUAUUUCCAAAGCCGAUUCCUUGACUAAGUCUGAAUUGACUUUGAACAAAAAAUUAAUCAUGGAAGACUUGAAACAUUAUAACAUUCCAAUCUACAAUUUCCCAUACGAUUUGGACUAUGAUGACGAAGAAACUAUCGAUGCAAACACUGCAUUAAGAGCCUUGAUUCCCUUUGCUGUUGUUGGCUCCAAUGAUGAAAUUACUGGUCCAGAUGGUGACUUGAUCAGAGUUAGACAAUACCCAUGGGGUACAAUCGAUAUCGAAGAUCCAGACCAAAGUGAUUUCAUCACCUUAAGAAGUGCUCUAUUAAUUUCACAUUUACAAGAUUUGAAAGAACACACUCAAGAAAUCUUAUAUGAAAAAUACAGAACUGAUGCUUUGUCUGAUAAAGAUAAAAAGAACAAUUCUACUAUUGACUUAUCUUACCCCGAUUUGAAAUCAAAUCCUUCCAAAUUAUCAUUCAAUAUUAAUAACCAAUCUUCAAAUAAUCUAAAUUUAUCUCCAAUAAACGAUUCUGCCGCUUCUGCUAUUUCUGACGUUUAUGCGUCUAAAGAAGAAGCUGUUAGAUUAGAACAAGAAAGAUUGAACUUAUUAGAAGAGAAGUUUAAACAAGAUCUUUUAAGGAGAAAACAAGAGUUAUUGGAAAAAGAAAGAGAAUUAAGAGAAAUGGAGGAAAGAUUAGAAAGAGCUCAACAUUUUAAAACAGACCAAAAGGAUUUAACUGCCGAAAAUUUCUCUUUUUAA